AUGGACAUUCCCGUCACAGUCGAAAGACUUAUAGUGUACGCCAUACUGCUGAAUGAUAUAUAUUAUGUCUGCGGCGUUGGUUUCAUAGCCUGCGAUACAGAAUCAUUCAUCGGUAGCAAGACUGGCAGCCUCCGCAUAAUCAAUAUCUGUCAUCCCCAACUGAUAAAAUAUGGCUUGCUGAGGACGCGCUUGGAGUCAGAAUACCUCGGUUGUGGGGAGGAGAUAAGUCUGAGACACAGUCCUAGGAGGCUGAGGAUCAGUCACAAUAUAAAUAAACUAGCUCUAAAGUUCCGACACCUAAGCUGGCUGCAUCAUAAUAACCCCUUUUCUGAAGAAACCCUCCUUGUUCGAAAUGAGCAUCCGUCCAGGUCAAGCCAAAAUGUUUUGAAAGAGAGCUUUAUAUUCAGCAGAAUCCAACACAGGAGAGUGAAUUAG